GUGUAAAGCAAUACUUUCCGUGUAACAUCAUAUUUGUUUGAAAAUGGCGGCUACUCAAACUCCUAGACCAAAUAGAGGUCAAGUACAAGUGGUUAGAUCAUCAUUGCCAUAUGAAGUGUUACUGUACUUGAAUGGCUGGUAUUUUGGACUUUUCUUUCUCUGUGAGAUACUGCUAUUUGUAUACAAAGGAGAAACAUUACCAUAUGCAAAUGGUGUUCUUCCAGCAGAGGUCUGUUUGGUGUUCAUUCUAGCUGGGAUAGAGGCUUUACGAUUGUUCUUUGCAAGGAAAGGCAACCUGACAGAGAGAAUUGUUGGUGUUAUAGUGUCUAUAUUGUUAAGUAUACCUGCACUGUUAGGAGGUGUGUUCUACCUGUACUGGCAGACAUAUGUCAUGAGAGCUGAUAUUAUACUGUCAGCCAUACAAUUAGCUUUCAUUGGACUGGAACUCAUCUUUGGUAUUGUGUCCAUUAUAACUUUUGCAAGAGCUGCACCUUAUUAACAUGAAUGAAGAAAAGGAUGGAAGAAAUGGAUUUAGAAUUUUUAUGUAGAGUCUCGGUCUUAUUUUAGACCAAGAGGACAUCCAAAAACGGACCACAGAUCUGUGUGUGAACAUUUACAUCCUACAUUUACACUGCGCAAUGCUUUUAUAGUGACUUAAUUUAAUUACACAUUCCAUUGUAUUUGUAAGUCUAAAAUUGUAACAUUUAAUUGAUUUUGAUCAUCUCGCUCUGGAUUGAUCUCUCACAAAUAUACAUCAAUAUAAAAUGUUAGGCGAUACAUUCUUUGUUAUGUUUUUAAAUAUAAAUUAUAUACUAUAUUAUAAAUUAGAAACUUUUAGAUGCAGUUAUUUUGAGAGCAUGCCUUUGUCACAUUACUUCAAACCAUUUCAUAUCAAGUUGUUAGAGGAUUCAAAUGGAAUUAAUGUCUGUUUCUAUUGUGAAGUUGUACAUAUUAGAAUAGUUCAUUGACAUGUUUAUAAAUAGUUAGGUUGAUUAAAAAGUCAUUGUAAUAUAUACAUGUUUUUAUGUACAUAAAUUGUAGAACAAACUGUGAUAUUUAUUAAAUAUUUGAAAAUUG